UCUAGUGAUCGUAUCUGUCUCAGUAUCAGUGUGUCUCUUUCUCCAACCAGAAUAUUUGUUUCCUCUUAUCUUUCCUUUUAUUAAUCCGAUCAAUCUCCCCGAGAAAAUUUAUCAUAUAUCUUCGCUUUCCCGUUUCAUUUUCUCGCAAAAUCUUCCCUAGAAUUAUUUCACCCAUACAUUUACAUAUAUAUAUAUAUAUAUAUACACACCAUAAUAACCCUCAGAAUACAUCUCUCUAUACACCAANAAAAAAAAAAAAAAAAUGGAGGCGUCGAGUAUGAUAUACAACUAUCCGUUUUGGAACUACGGUCCUAACAAUCUGUUCUCGAAUAUUCUCUCCGUCGUCAAAGUGGCCGCCUUCGCAGUAGGUGCGUGGUAUCUACGGGCGACGGUGACUUCACUGCAUGCGGUUAUGGUUUGGUUCAAUUGGUUUAUUGGGUUUCUAAAAAUCCUUCUCUUCGCGUCCGCUGGCGUAGGCGCCAGCUUCUUGGCUUUAGCUUACCUUCACGAAUCCAAAACCACCAAGGAAAAGGAACGGGAGCUACUAUACGAUCAAUAUCUUGCCGUCCCCCCGCCCCCUCGUGUAUUGACGUUUGAUGAUUAUAAUAUACUGAAUGGUCAUCAGGAUGUUGGGUAUUAUAACAACUCCGUUUACAGAGAGACUGUGCCGGCGUUUCAAGAGUUUUAUAAGCCGGUUGAGGAGAGUAUUUGUAGAUAUGAUCGAGAGGUGGUUGAGGUGAGUUCGAAGAGUUACAGGAGGACGAGAUCAGAGAAGAAGAAGAAGACGGAGGAGAAGGUGGAGUACCGGAGGAUGGAAACGGAGAGAGUGACGAAAACGGCGUCGUUGAGGUCCAAGACGAUGGAUGGUUUGAGCAGGGAGGACUUUCGUAUGACGGUUGAGACUUUUAUCAUGGAGAGGAAGAAGUCGCUCCUCCAAGAAAGGGAUCCAUGGCAAAACGGUGCCGUCCCUCAGUGGCAGAAAAACGACGGCCUCGGUGAUCACUGGCAAUACGGUGUCCCUCAGUUGCAGCAGGACGGCGUUGAUUACUUGCAGAACGGUGUCGACCCUCAGUGUCAGCAGAACGGUGCUGCUAAUCGUUUGGAGAACGGCGUUUUCCCACAGUUUCAAAACGGCGAUUUCCCUCAGUUGCAAAACGGCGAUUUCGCUCAGUUGCAAAACGGCGUUGAUCACUGGCAGCAGAACGGUGUCGCUCCUCAGUGGCAGCAGAACGGCGUUGUCCCACAGUUGCAAAACGGCGUUGUCCCUCAGUGGAAAAGCAAGUGGGAAAACAACGGUGUACCUGAGCCUCAAAACAGCAUCGUGCAGUGGCACGGAUCGCGUGACGAUGGAAGUGGACGUCAUCGUCGUCAUGGUCGUCGUAGUCGUAGUCAUAGGCUCGUGGAUGGCCCUGGCUCUAAUAAUGGUUCUGGUUAUGGUUCGUACUUAGCUAUUUCGAAUUAGGGGGUGGCGCAAAUUUGUAUAAUUUUUCUGAAGUUUGAUUAGAUCAUUUAGCUAAAAACUAAUUUGCGAGGAUGAAUUUAUAUAUCUUACUAUCCUAGGCCUUUUAAUUUUAACUCCGGUGAC